UGUCACCUGUUUCUUCUCCAAGCUGAUCGUAUGCAGGGAGGCGGACCUUGGCGACCCCACUACACAUCGACCUCCUACAGGUGUGCCGCGUCUAUUUGUAAGCUGUUACAAAUUAUUUGAUGGUAACAAGAAGUGCCAGUCACCACAUCACCAUGGCAACAUUCUCUCUACUCCUUGUGCUAGUGGUUCUCCCGGCAGCCAUCCCGACCAGUGUGUCAGUGGAUGAGGUCACUUCCUGUCCUGUGGAUAAGUACAUCAAUGGCUGCAGUGUUCCUGGGGAUUUGCCGUUCUUCUACAAGAAGACAUUCACACCAGCAUGUCGAAUGCACGAUGUCUGUUACCGAUGUUUUAACGUGUAUGAUUGGAAGAAGGAUUCCUGCGACGCCGUCUUCAAAGCCAACAUGUACAGUCUGUGCAAGGAGAAGUAUGGGCCUUCAUCUGUUUUCCGUGUCCGCAUUUGUCGCCGCGCUGCCGACGGGUAUCACCUUGCAGUGGCAAAAUUAGGAGGAAGUCACUGGGACAAGUACAAGGAUAGUAAAUUUGCAUGGUGUAAUAUGCCUUGCGCGGUAAAGAUUGGAGACCCUGCUAAUACUCUUAAUCCUUGAGAAUGUCAUCAGGCUGACGGAGAAUCUUAAUAAAAUCUACAUAAAUACAUUAA